UUUGUUUUUUUUUUUAACAAGGGUUAUCGUAAGUAUACAGCAUGAGGUAUUACUAUGGAUCCAGAAGGAGAAGAGUGUCCAUUCACUUUUUGCUCGUCGCCGUUUCGGUUUUCACCGGCUUUGGCGUACUCUUGCUCACACUGAGAUCCGUUGAUCCGCCUUCUAAUGAUGGUUUUUUUCUUUCGGAUCACGAGGCAGAAGAAGAUGAUAGAGGUGCAGCGGGAGGUCUAGAUUCGAUCUCUGCCUCAAAAAAUGGCACCAUCUCGGCGGAAAUGGAUGUUUCUAGAGAGAAGAGUGGAGGUUCAAAAUCUUGUGCUACGGUUGAAGAAAUGGGCGAAAGUUUCAAGGGAGCCGUUUGGAAGGAAAGUUUGCGAGUGCGAAGAAUCAUCCAGGAACACUUCUCUGUCAACGGUGCUUCAAGAAUCCGGAGUCUUCCUCCAGAGCAGUUCUGCAAACAUGGCUUUGUCUUGGGGAAGGCAUCAGAAGCAGGUUUUGGCAAUGAAAUGUACAAGAUCUUAAAUGCCGCAGCAUUAAGUAUAAUGUUGAACCGAUCCUUGAUCAUUGGGCAGACCAGGGGCAAGUAUCCUUUUGGUGAUUAUAUUUCUUACACCAAUCAUUCUUUCACCUUGAACGAAGUAAAGCACCUGUGGCGACAAAAUAGCUGUGUAACGAACUAUGGAAGACAUCUGGUAAUGAGGAUUGAUGAUUUUGAGAAGCCAGCUAAAACAAAUGUCCUUUGUAGCAAUUGGAGAAAAUGGGAGCAACCUAUCAUAUGGUUUCAAAAUACAACAGAUGCUAUGGCCAGUCAAUUUUUCUUGAAGAAUGUAUACCGUGAAAUGAGAGAUGCUGCUUCUGAUUUAUUCGGACACCCAGAACAGUUCCUAUCUCGGCCUAAUGUUUUUGGGGAGCUUAUGAAAGUUCUUAUAUCUCCAUCAGAAGAUGUUAUGGGAGCAGUCAGCAGGGUCCUUGGUGGUGGGGCAGAUCCUGAUAUAUCAUUGCACAUGCGGAUGCUUAUGAACAGGUCACUGAGAGCCACACAGGCAGCAUUGAACUGCAUCAAAAAAUCCUUGCUUAAUCAACACCAAACAUCAAGACCUAGGAUGGUGAUAGUAUCAGAUACUCCAUCUUUUGUAAAGAGUAUCACUCCGAACAUAAGUGGAUUUGCAGAGGUUCUUUAUUUUGAUUAUGAACAUUUCCAAGGGAAUGUCUCCCGAAGUGCCAACAGAUCGCACAGUUUAGAUUUUAGAGUGAAGGAUUGGGGCCCUGCACCCAGAUGGGUUGCAUUUGUAGACUUCUUUCUUGCAUCACGUGCGAGACAUACCGUUAUCUCCGGUGCUCAUAGACGUGUUGGGACUACCUAUGCACAAUUAAUUGCAGCAUUGGCUGCAGCAAACCACCUAGGCGAAAACUCCACUGGUUCAAGUUUUUCAUUCUUAAGCAGCUUCCAAAGUAAUUUGUUAACAGAUGGUUUAAAGUUGCAGGUUGGAUGGGGACAUGUUUGGAAUAGAUUCGCCGGUCCUUUGAGUUGUAGGAACCAGUCCAAUCAAUGUGCCUUAACACCACUUCUCCCUCCUGCUUGGUGGGAUGGUCUUUGGCAAUCCCCAAUUCCACGGGACGUCCACCGGUUAAAGGCAUUUGGCAUCAAACUAUCUGGUUUUGGUACAGUUGAUGAGUAUCAUCUUCAAUCCUUCUGUAGUUCAAAGAAAAGUACUGUUAAAACUGUGUUGAUUAUAUGAGCAUAAUUUUUGGAGUUGCAUCUUUUUUGUCCAUUUGGGAAACAAAAUGAAUAGGUUUCAGGUGAAAAUCAAGAUGAUUGAAAACGCCAAUGGGAUCUAGACAGCACACCAUGGUAAGGAUACGGAAACUAUUGAUGCUCUCAUCUCAUUUAUAAGAGAGUGAUUAGAGAUAAUUAAGUAAUUAAUCCAUUUGUGGACUUGUUAUCGAUUGACGUCUAUAUUCAAUUAUCAUUGCUGUAAUCUAAGGUUGUCUCUUAAGUCA